UCGCGCCAAAAUAUGACAAACUUUUGAGAUGUUUAUUUUAUUUUUACUUAGCCAAAUAAAUAAGUAAGGAUAACAAAUCGAGUAACAUAUGAAAUAAUUUUAUUCAGCUUGAAGUAAAAAUGAAAAUUGAAAGUAAACCUUUAAGAUAUGCUCAUGCCGAAGGACACACAGAUGUAUGUUUUUCUGAAGAUGGACAGCACAUAAUAACAUGUGGACAUGAUGGUGAUGUAAGGAUUUGGCUUGGUAUUGAAGAUGACGACCCAAACUCUCACUGUGUUGGAGAAAGCGCGCUCGCCGUGUGUUUUAAGGAUAAAAGACUGUAUGUGGCAAAUGACAACCAUACAGUUCAAGCAUAUACAUUCCCAGCAUUUGACAAAGAUGGUAUUGUCACCAGAUUCACAGCACCAGUUACUCAGAUUAUGUCCUCACCGCAAAUUGAGGUGUUGGGAUGUUGUUCAGAGAAUAUGGAGUCUAAAAUUUGUAACCUAGAAGGUGGUGCUCCAUUGUUUGUGAUGACAGAACAUAAGGGUCCAGUGCUGAGUGUUGCAAUAUGUCCCCAUAUGAAGUAUGCGGCCACUGCUUGUGGAGAUGGAGUGUUAAGGAUAUGGGAUAUAGACACACAAAAAAUUGUUAAAGAAGUGACCUGUGUCCCUAAAAUAAACACAUUCUAUGCCGCAAAAGUGUUAUGUAGAAUAAGUUUUGAGCCAUCAGAAGGAAAAUAUUUGGCAUAUCCUAAUAACAGAGAAAUUAUAUUACUAGACUCUGAAAGUUGGGGACAGAGACUCACAUUUACACAUAGUUCGAUAAAAUGUGCAAUUUCCCAAUGCCUUUUCUCGCCAUGUGGUCAAUACAUAGCGGGGAGUACAGUGGCUGGUCAAAUAGCAGUGUGGGAAGUACAAAGUGGCACUUGUAUAGGCAUCAUUGAACAUCCAACAUCGCAUAACGUUUCAGCCAUGGCUUGGAGCCCUAAAGGUAAUGGAGUCCUGGCAUAUUGUGAUAUUGCUGGACAAUUAGGAAUGCUAGUGAACUGUUAUGGACAAGACAGCAACAAAGUAAAUGGAGACUCAGAAGAUAUUGAAAUGGUAGAGAGAGAUGAUAAUGACGAUUUAGUUGAGAACCUCAUACAUAACUAUGAAAGUGAUGAUGACAAUGCAAUAUCCUUGGAGAAGAUCAAGAAUGAUACUCUGGGGCUGACAACGGAGCAGGAGUCUCGGCCGCAGUCGCGACACGCCGCGCCCGCACCCUCCGCCGUGCCCCCGCAGCCGCCCUUCCAGCCCUCCGCUACACCUGCACACUUGGAGCACAGAUACAUGUGUUGGAAUGAUAUAGGUAUAGUGAGAUGCCACACCGCAGAGAAUGGGGAGUCGAGCAUUGACAUUGAGUUCCACGACUCCAGUUUGCAUCAUGGAAUUAAUUUAAACAAUUAUUUGAACCAUACUAUGGCCAGUUUAUCCUCCAGUGUAUUGGCUCUGGCGUGUGAAACACCUAGUAAACUAGUAUGCAUAUCAUUGAUGGGUAGCAGUAAGGAAUGGAGUGUCGCCAUGCCCGAUACUGAAGAGAUAUUGUGUGUAUCAGCCACCAGCGCGCUGGUCGCCUGCGCCACUGACGCACGACUGUUACGGCUCUUCACAACUAUGGGUACACAGAGACAGGUAAUAUCAUUACCAGGACCGGCGGUUGCAUUAUCUGGAUUCAACACGACGGUGAUGGCAGUGUACCACAGCACUGAUCCAGGAUUAUCGGAUCAGCAUCUCGCAAUGGACAUUAUAGCUCUUAAUGGUCGACAAGUACGAAGCAAAACGGUCCAUUUGCCUUUAACCCCAGGAUGUAAGUUAGCUUGGCUGGGCUGCACAGACGUGGGAUCACCCUGUACAUAUGACACAGCUGGUAUACUGCGAUUGUAUGACAUAGCCAGUGGCAUCUGGAUGCCUAUAUGUGAUACCACCGCACACUCUAAAGGCGCCUCUGAUACCUGGUUUAUUGUGUCUAUAAGUGAGCCAACACAGACAGUGCGAGUGAUCCUCUGCAGAGGUACUUCGUAUCCUCUCACUGUUCCAAGACCUAUUGUUACUGAAAUACCUCUACAAAUCCCGCUGUGUGAGUUGGACAAUGAGAAAUCUCAGUACGAGGAGCAGCUGGUGCGGUGGGCGCACACCACCGCUGAUGUAGACGUCAAGACCGCCAGGGAGACCGCUCUCAAACUAUUCGCUUUGGCGUGUCGCAGUGAGAUCGAACAAAGAGCGUUAGAACUGAUGGAACUUCUAAAGGACGAGAAGUUGCUACCGUUAGCUGCUAAAUACGCGUCACGUCUCGGUCGUAUGCACUUGGCGGACAAGUUGUCUGACUUGGCCGACAAGUGGCACACUGACGCUGACAAACUGAACGUGGCUCACAACUCUCACUUCCAAGAGUUGGAGACGCAGGAGACAUAUGAUGUGACACAGGAUGAUAUGAACUCCAGUAUUAUCAUACCACAAAGGAUUAACAAAAAAGUAGAAAGUGUUGCACCUAUUAAACCAGUGCCAAUAAAAUCGUCUCCUAUGGGCAAGCGGAAUCCGUUCAGAAAGCAACAGGACACUAUCAAAAGUGGACAGAAUCCUUUGAGCUUGACGGACAGGACUCUGGUUGAAGUUCACACAGUCCCGGAGGCUACAGAAAAUAAUGAUCCCUUAACACCACUGGAAGGUGAAACAUUUGUCCUAUGGUUUUCACGUAACAAAAGUACACUGGAAGAACAGCAUCCUGAGCUGACACCUUCGGAACUGACUCGUCAAGGAGUGAGGAUGUUCAAGAGCAUUCAAACUGCAUCUGAAGGUCCACAGAAGAGGAAGCUAGAAGACUCUACUGACGCAUCAGUCACUAACGCUCCUAAACAAUCUAAACUUAGCGCUUUUGCCUUCCAGAAAAAAUGACCAUAGAUAUUGAUACUAUUUUUAUACCUUGACUCUUAAUAAAUUUGAUUCGGUAUCGUCCAUUAAUUGCGUGUGACUCGAAAAGGGGGGAUUUGUUUCGAAAAAAAUCAUAAAACAUCACAGAGAGGGUGGGUUGAGGGGUGAACAUAUUACGUGUAUUUUCUGACCGAUGCUGUAAAUUUAAUGAAUAAAUCUAUAAAAGAAAGUAACACGUAGUUACACUAUUUAUAACUCAAG